UAAGCCGGCGGAGCGCGGCGGCGGGGCCCGCAGACGGAGCGAGGCGGCGGCGGCGGCGCGGCGCAGGGCGCGGGGCGGCAUGGCCACCACCGCGCAGUACCUGCCGCGGGGCCCCGGCGGCGGAGCUGGCGGCACCGGGCCGCUCAUGCAUCCCGAUGCCGCGGCAGCGGCGGCAGCGGCGGCGGCCGCCGAGCGGCUGCACGCGGGGGCCGCGUACCGCGAAGUGCAGAAGCUGAUGCACCACGAGUGGCUGGGCGCGGGCGCGGGCCACCCCGUGGGCCUAGCGCACCCCCAGUGGCUACCCACGGGAGGAGGAGGCGGCGGUGACUGGGCCGGCGGCCCGCACCUGGAACACGGCAAGGCGGGCGGUGGCGGCACCGGCCGAGCCGACGACGGCGGCGGCGGCGGCGGUUUCCACGCCCGCUUGGUGCACCAAGGGGCGGCCCACGCGGGCGCGGCAUGGGCACAGAGCGGCACAGCGCACCACCUGGGCCCCGCCAUGUCGCCGUCGCCCGGGGCCGGUGGGGGCCACCAACCCCAGCCGCUCGGGCUGUACGCGCAGGCGGCCUACCCCGGUGGCGGCGGCGGCGGCCUGGCCGGGAUGCUGGCGGCGGGCGGUGGCGGCGCGGGACCCGGCCUGCACCACGCGCUGCACGAGGACGGCCACGAGGCACAGCUGGAGCCGUCGCCGCCGCCGCACCUGGGCGCACACGGACACGCACACGGACAUGCACACGCGGGCGGCCUGCACGCGGCGGCGGCGCACCUGCACCCAGGCGCGGGCGGCGGUGGCUCGUCGGUGGGCGAACACUCGGACGAGGAUGCUCCCAGCUCCGACGACCUGGAGCAGUUCGCCAAGCAGUUCAAGCAACGUCGCAUCAAGCUGGGCUUUACCCAGGCCGACGUGGGGCUGGCGCUGGGCACUCUCUACGGUAACGUGUUCUCGCAGACCACCAUCUGCCGCUUCGAGGCCCUGCAGCUGAGCUUCAAGAACAUGUGCAAGCUCAAGCCGCUGCUCAACAAGUGGCUGGAGGAGACCGACUCGUCCAGCGGCAGUCCCACCAACCUGGACAAGAUCGCGGCGCAGGGCCGCAAGCGCAAGAAGCGCACGUCCAUUGAGGUGGGGGUCAAAGGCGCGCUCGAAAGCCACUUUCUCAAGUGUCCCAAGCCCUCUGCGCACGAGAUCACCGGCCUGGCCGACAGCCUACAGCUGGAGAAGGAGGUGGUGCGUGUCUGGUUCUGCAACCGGCGGCAGAAGGAGAAGCGCAUGACCCCCGCGGCCGGCGCGGGCCACCCGCCCAUGGACGACGUUUACGCGCCUGGGGAGCUGGGGCCUGGCGGGGGCGGCGCGUCUCCACCCUCUGCACCCCCGCCACCGCCUCCGGCCGCGCUGCACCACCACCACCACCACACACUGCCCGGCUCAGUGCAGUGACCCUGCGGGCUGGGUUCCCCACCGGCGCAGCGGUGCCUCCGGCGCGCAAUCAGCCCGCGCGGCCUGGACUCUUUUUUUGUUGUUCUUUAUUCGGUUGCUUUGGAUUUUACAAAAAGGAAAAAAAAACCCAGAAACUUUUAAACAAAACCAAACAACCCCGGACCGAACCCCUCUCUGGCGAGCGGCGAAGGGCGGCCGAGAGGCUGUGUCGCCCGAGUCCCGGGAGAGAGCAGCGAAGAUCCGGAAUGCGCCAACACACUCUGGGCGCCCUCUGCCCACUGCCUGCUCCCUGUCCCCAUACCCUCGACGACCCCUGCCCUUGCCCCCGGGCUGUUCGGGGCCGGAUCCCGGCAGCGGCCUCCCCACAGCGAAAGGUAACGCGGUGCGGGGUUAGGGAUUCCCGGGAGAAAGGACGAAGAGAGAGGAGAGUCCCCCGCAGCUCUCCCGGGCGCGGACUCCCUGUAGCCUGCAGGUCACGGGUGGGGGACUGUCACUUUAUUCUCUCCGCGCCUCUUCUCUCGCACCAGGAUGCGCCCCAGCCCCUCACCCUUUCUCCGGGCUUGUUUUUUUUUUCUUUUUUUUUUUCUUUUUUUGCGAUUUUUUAUUUAUUCGUGGAGCCUCUAGGUUCCUGGGGUCCUUCUAACUCCGCCCGCGCCCUUAAUUUAAAUCGCUGUAUACUGUAUUUAUCGGGGCCCCGGAGGGGAGGCCACGAGAGCCGCAUCUGUGUAUAAAAGCAGGAAAUAGCCAAAGCUUUAAUCUAGCCUAAUUUAUUUUCCCUUUCUCAUACCCUUUCCUCCUUCCUCCAAGAACGCAAAACAAAAAAAACUAACAAAAAAAAAUUUUUGAGUGUUCAUUUCCGUUUCGUUUUACCCGAGCUGUCGGCUCGGUUCCUGGCCUAGCGGAUAGGGUCUGCGCUCCCACGCACACCCGGGUGGGAAGGGGCAUCUCCACCCGCAAGACCGAGCACGCACCACGGGCCGCUGCUUCCCCGCCGGGCCCUUCCCCUCCUGGCCUUAACGAACGAAACUUGGAAAAGUUGGAACUAUUUUUUAACCAGCUGUAGAAAUAAACCAUUCCCCCAAGAACCUUCCGCCUGAUUCCCUACCGCUUCCCCCUGCUCUUUCCAGCCCCCUCGGGAUGCUGGGGGAACCCUGGAGAGAAAUUCUCCCAAUUUGGGGUGAGGUGGGAACCAUGUAAAUAUGUGAGAUAUGUACACACUGGCGGGGGGCGGGAAGAAACCUUUUGUGCUUGGUUUUUAUUUUUUGGUUUCUGGGUUGUUGCCCCUCCCCGGGUUUUGUACGCCCGACUAAACCGAAAAAGAUAUUUUAAUAUGGUUUCCUGAUUUCUGACCCAUCUCUAUUUAUUUUCUGGAUGUGUUUGGAGCUUCCCCCUUCACCAAUUCUUCAUUGUUUGUUAACGUUGGAGCUUAAAUUUUGUUUUUUUAUUUUUAUUUUGGAACAAUGUUUGGUGCAUUCUCUUUGUAUCUUUAUUGCAAAAAAAAUAAUGUAGACUGGGAAGUUCCCUUUAUAUUUAUGUUAUAGUAAAUAUUUUAUUACUCACAUAAACAUGUACCCCAG